AUGCAGAGCUUCCUGAGCCUGUUGCUGUUGCCUGUUGUCACACAGCAAAUGGACCAGGGCUGCUGUGGAGUAUUCUGGCAGCUGCCAUUUGAUGGUAUGAUGUGCACUGCUCCUCAGAGAUUAAGAAGAUUAUCAACAAAAUACAGAACUGAGAAGAUCUACCCAACAGCCACUGGAGAAAAAGAAGAAAAUGUUAAAAAGAAUAGAUACAAGGAUAUAUUGCCAUUUGAUCAUAGCCGGGUUAAACUGACCUUAAAAACUCCCCCACAAGAUUCAGACUACAUCAAUGCAAACUUUAUUAAGGGAGUACAUGGGCCAAAAGCAUACGUUGCUACCCAGGGACCAUUAGCAAAUACAGUAAUAGACUUCUGGAGGAUGAUAUGGGAAUACAAUGUUGCCAUAAUUGUAAUGGCCUGUCGAGAAUUUGAAAUGGGAAGGAAAAAAUGUGAACGUUACUGGCCUCUGUAUGGAGAAUCAGCUGUAACUUUUGGACCGUUUCGUGUUUCUUGUGAAGCUGAGCAAGCAAGAACAGAUUACUUCAUUAGAACAUUAUUACUUGAAUUUCAAAAUGAGACUCGUAGUGUUUAUCAAUUUCAUUAUGUUAACUGGCCUGACCAUGAUGUCCCUUCAUCCUUUGAUUCUAUUCUGGACAUGAUCAGCUUGAUGAGAGAAUAUCAGGAACAUGAAGAUGUACCAAUCUGCAUACACUGCAGUGCAGGAUGUGGAAGAACAGGUGCCAUCUGUGCCAUAGAUUAUACAUGGAAUUUGCUUAAAGCUGGGAAAAUACCUGAAGAAUUCAAUGUAUUUAAUUUAAUACAGGAAAUGAGGACACAAAGGCAUUCUGCAGUGCAAACAAAGGAGCAGUAUGAACUUGUGCAUCGAGCCAUAGCACAGCUGUUUGAAAAGCAACUGCAAAAAUACGAAAGUUGUGCAGACUGGAAGAUUGCAGAUGGAGUG